AUGACCGCGGCAGAAACAGCCCAAGAACAAACCCCAACGCCAGAACCUCCCACCACCCCCUACAAACCACCCCGCGUAGCCAAGCGCGCCCCCCAGCACGCCGACGACGACACGGCCGCCCAGCUCGCCCUCAUCGCCGCCUCGCGCCGCACCCCCUUCGAGAAGCGCGUGUGGGCGGCCCUCUGCGCCAUCCCCCGCGGGCGGUUCACGACGUACGGCCUGCUCUCCGCGCACCUGGGCACGUCGCCGCGGGCCGUCGGCAACGCGCUGCGGCGCAACCCGUUCGCCCCGGGGGUGCCCUGCCACCGGGUCGUGGCGACGGGGGGCACGCUGGGCGGGUUCAAGGGCAAGUGGCCGCGCAGCGGCGAGGGCAUCACGCUGGACGAGAAGAGGAGGCUGCUGAGGGGGGAGGGGGUGAGGUUCGACGGGGGCGGGAGGGUGAUGGGGACGCCGUGGGCUUUUCAGGAUUGA